CCGCAAGGACGGCCACAACGUCAGCCUCUGAGAUGACACCGCGAACGCGGGGCUCGAUAUAUCCCGCGGGCGGCGCGAGUCGCCGCGCUGACCGUUUCAUGCAUGGUACGUGGGCGCCCGUUUACACGCGAGGAUGGCCUGAAAAUACUCUCCGGGCGGUGGCCGUGCCAGAAUCGUGCCGCAUUCACGGCCGAGCGGCACGCGUCCUUAGCGGUCCCUUCAAAAAAUCCGAGCGUUAUGGUUUCCCGUCGGGCGCCUCCGAGUCCCCUCCGAGUUGCCAAUCUUUAAGCGGACCUCCCUCCCUGUGAUCCGCGAAAGCCCCGCGCCCGCCCGCCAGUACGCGUUUGUUUUUCUCUUCCUACAAAUAUAGCGCAGAGCGUCCUUGCGAGCAGGAGCAAGCGGCCACUGCCAGCUGAAGCGCAUCACAGUGUUGCAGUUUUCCGCCAAACAUGUCAGCCUUGAGUGGAAUUCCAGAUGUGGCCUUGGAGAUUGGACGUAGCCGGUAUAUACUUGUGAAAGUGCAUUUGAAGGAUGAUGAAGAAACCUACAAGUAUGUUGUCCGUGGCUCUGUUCUAGCUGCUAACCAUACAGAGGUCCUUGAAAAGGAGACUGCUGCAUUGAAGGCAGCUGGCCUGGAGUGCGAAUGCCUUGGCGGCGGAUACAUCAUCCACCUCCCAGACACAAAAGAGCUAAAAGUCUAUGGCAACUCCCAGACCUACGGGCAAGCGGACCAUGCCAAGACAACAGAGAUCCUCAAGAAGCAAUACCCAACUUACACUUCAAUCACUUGGAGCAAUGAUGCCAUUGUUUAACAGUGUGUGUGACUUGCUUUAAAUGGGUUGCCUGGGUGUUAAUAUGUCCUGCCAAUACAACAGAAUGAAAAUGUGCUAGCCCAAAAAGUGCCAGCACAGCACGGUAAAUAAAGUGAGCACAGCCUAUUGUCA